AAUGAACGUUGCAAGAAGCCUUUAUUCUUUACACCAAGUUCCGAGGAAUGCUGCAGUGAAAUAGUGGUGAGAAUAGACAGUGUCAAAAAACUUCGAACAUUACCAAAAGCGAACAUCUCAGCAUAGAACCACCAAUAGUUGGCUUUAAGGACUUUAAAACUUUUGUACACUUUAAAAAGAGUAAUCAAGUGUUUAAUACGAGUGCAGUCCAAAGUAUUCUGGUUUUCAGUUAACUUUAAAAUACCUCACACAAGGUGAAUGCAACUUGGUAUUUUGCGAGUAUUACUGACGCUCUAUUGAAGACAGUUAUUAUACCUCGCUUAAACCUCAAGAUCACGUUCAAUCUCAUUGCAUUGCGUCAUACAUUUCCUUUUCUAAAACUUCUUGAAAAAUAUUUUUGCUCUUGCAGCUAUUUUAAUCUCACUUAAGAACAAAGAAGUUGAGAAGAAACUUGUCGCACAAAGAUUACGAACAACUGCACGGGUUGAAGACCUCAAUUAGAUAACAGCCAUGAACAUUACACUAGUGGGCCAUGAGUAACUCAACCAACACAACUCUCGGACAGUCACAACAGCGCAACAAGCAACAUAUUUUCGCAGAAGUUAUUCCCAUAGCAAGUUUGAUCGUCCUCACGAAUGGAGUCGUUUUUCUUCUCUUCUACAAAACGAAAAGCUUACGUACUCCAGCAAACUACCUGCUACUUAGCUUAGCCAUAAGCGACUUAAUGACAGGGUUGAUAAAUAUCCCUCUGUUUAUUGCUCAAACUUUAAACUCAGGUGAUUAUCGAAUUAUGUGUGCUUCAAUCCUCUUGCACAACGUGGCCUCAUUUUCAAUAGCCUAUCAUAUAACCGUCAUUACAGCAGAAAAAUAUCUUGCAGUGGUUAAUCCGUUUGGUCGUAACAUGAUGAGUAAAAAGACAGUCUCCAAGACUGUGAGUAUGGUUUGGCUUUGGUCGGCAUUACUUGGAACACUUCCUUCCUUUUGGUUCGAAAAAUGGUUGCUAUCUCCUGAAUCUUCCACCUUAUACUUGUACGUCGGAUACAACAUUUUCUGCCUCGUCUUCGUGUUUUUGGUGCCGUUUAUGUUUAUGCUUUAUGCGUACUGCGUCAUGUUCAGAGCUGUUUCGAAAUCCUUACAGAGAAGAGAUUCUCGAACCUCGAAGAAGUCUACCAACGAGAAAAAGUGCCUGAUAAUUCUGUUGACAAUGGCAGUUACCUUUGCCAUCUGUUGGCUACCAUUGUUUACAAUGUUCUUAAUAUAUUCUUUCAGUAACGUUGGAUGGAUUAAUACCGCGUCUCACCCCUCCAUGAAACACGUUGCGCAAACAUUUACUAUCGUCCGAUAUCUUAGCUCUGCUAUCGACCCUUUGUUGUACACCUUCUUUAAGCAAGAUUUUUGGAAUGCUUUUCGUGUUCUCUUCUUGAAUGAGCGCCAAGCGAGAACGCCAUCUGUUACUCUGUCUAUGAGGAAACUGGUUACACAAAGGUCUCCGGCCGGCAGUGAUCAGAAUGACCCGACUGUAGAUGAAAGCCUUAUAGAAAACCUCGCGACUGAAGAGAUGGUUGAGCUGCACCAAGGCACAAACAAAACGAAAUAACUUUUAAACCACAUAGUCUGUAUUGACAUUCUGCGGAAAAACAGGAUGGUCUGUUCUUUCUGUGUAAAACAUUACGAAAACUUGGCAAGAUGUGUAAAGCUGGCUGCCGACUACGUGA